ACAGAAGAGAGAGAGAGAAGAAAUGGCUGUGAGACGGAGAGUGGUGGCGACGCUGCCGACCCUAAUGCGAGCCCUAAGAAAGGACGAGAGUUGUUUGAAACCUAAUAAUAAUAUGGGAAUUGGAAUCGGAAUGAUAGCUGCCGCCCAGCAACACCAGCGAUUGCCUUCGCUCAGACGAGCUUUUUCUCUCUACGAUCAAAUCAACCUUAUCGACAAUGUCCCCGAAGAUCAAUUACGCUUCCAACAGUUUGCUGAUACAGGGUUUAUUGUUAAUGGGGUUAACUAUGAAGGUAGCUUGCUUUGUAUUGGUAACCUGCUAAUGUCUUGGAGUCCCAAACAAUUCUCAGAGGUCAAUGCUGAAAGCUUAUCUGUCUUCAAGACUAUGCGACCAAUACCAGAAAUCUUAAUUCUUGGUUGUGGGAGGCAUAUCCAGCCAGUAAGUCCUGGCCUUCGGCAAUUUAUUCGGUCUACUGGCAUGAAACUUGAAGCAAUUGAUUCGAGAAAUGCUGCAUCAACAUAUAAUAUUUUGAAUGAAGAAGGAAGGAUUGUUGCUGCUGCGCUUCUUCCUUAUGGGGUGGAGGACUAGGACAUGCACCUAAUGUUUGCGACUAAAUGUUUCUCCUUUGCCUUUAGAUGUAAACGUGGGAGCAGCCUCUGUUCAAUCUUCAUCAGAGUGAUACAAGCAUUAUUGUCUGUUUUAAAUCAACCAGACGCGCCUGGACGAAUUGACAGUUGUGAGAGCAUUGGCUUGUUCCGUGUCAUCCAUUCCUAAUGCUGGUCUCCAACAGAAGAUUUUACGUAUACAUGUUCUUUGUACUUUUUUCUGACAGAACGCAAUGACAAGUCUAAUAAUUACGCUGCUUCUAAGAAGUUUGACAUGCUAUCGUACAAAAACUCAUUUUCUUUAGGCAAUUUCUUCCUAUUCUUCCGUUUCUUCGCUUGACUGAGUUGAUUGCUUGUUUGUAUCUGGGAUACAUUUGGCUUUUGUAACAUUGAGAAGAUGGCAUCAGGACAGUGGUAUUAUCCUGUAUUUUGGGCUCGUCCCAUGUUUUUUCUGUUUAAUAACUAUGGAAUGAAGCUGUGCUUCAUUGACGAUUACUUGCA